AUGGCCCAUCAAGCACACGCAUACCAUAUAGUCGACCCCAGCCCAUGACCUCUGACAGGGGCAGUUGCCGCCCUCUUAAUAACAUCCGGCCUAGCAAUCUGAUUCCACUAUAACUCUAUUGUACUAAUAACCCUAGGAACAGUUCUACUUCUUCUCACCAUAUAUCAAUGGUGACGAGACAUCGUGCGAGAAGGAACAUUCCAAGGCCACCACACCCCACCCGUGCAGAAGGGACUUCGUUACGGUAUAAUCUUAUUCAUUACCUCCGAAGUUUUCUUCUUCCUAGGCUUCUUCUGAGCUUUCUACCACUCAAGUCUGGCCCCGACCCCCGAACUUGGAGGAUGCUGACCCCCCACUGGAAUCACCACCUUAGACCCCUUUGAAGUCCCCCUCUUAAACACAGCAGUGCUUCUAGCCUCGGGGGUCACAGUCACUUGGGCCCACCACAGCAUCAUAGAAGGAGAACGAAAACAAGCAAUUCAAUCCUUAACCCUUACGAUCCUCCUAGGGUUUUAUUUUACAUUCCUUCAAGGCAUAGAAUACUACGAAGCCCCCUUCACAAUCGCAGACGGCGUGUACGGCUCAACCUUCUUCGUCGCAACCGGAUUCCACGGCCUACAUGUUAUUAUUGGCUCAACUUUCCUGGCCGUGUGCCUUCUCCGCCAGAUUCAAUACCAUUUUACAUCCGAACACCAUUUCGGGUUCGAAGCCGCCGCCUGAUAUUGACACUUUGUCGAUGUAGUAUGACUAUUCCUGUACAUCUCCAUCUAUUGAUGAGGUUCUUAA